UAGUAUAAUUAAUUGGUAUAGUCACUUGACAAAUGCCCUGUAAUGUGAAUGGACAUACGGAGAAAGCAAAAAUACUCAACAGAAAAAUGUGCAAAGCUUGGUUCGAUUGUAUAAUUAUAUAUAUUUUGAGCAAACCCCGACCUGCAAAACAAGUGCAAUAAUAUAAAAAGCGUUUUAUUGUUGUGCACAAUUGAGCACACUUGUCCAUAUUAUUUUCCGUCAGAAGAGCGGUAUUCGCCGAGAGAAUGCCACGUCCAGAGAGAUAAAAAGUGAGAGAAACGCAAUCUCUUUUCUCCUGCGCGCCGGCAAAGUGCCUCUUUUGUGGGCUUAAGGCCCGCUUUUUGCUCAGUUUGCCGAUAAAGACGCAGCCACAUGGACAUGCACAGGCUGAUCUACGAGGUGAAGCAGCGGCCCGCUCUCUGGGACUCGACGCAUCCGGACCACGCCAACCGCCCGGAGACCCAGCGCCUCUGGAACGGAGUGGCGGAGGCGGUUGGACUCGGUGUCGAUGUGUGUCGCGGCAAGUGGAAAAAUCUGCGUUGCAGUUAUCGCCGCCAAAACAGGCGAAGUGGUCUCCAGAAGCACCAACAAUCACCCUCGCCGGGUCACCAGUGGUCAUAUGCGGAGGCCAUGAGUUUCCUGGAUGGCCAGCGAUUGUUAAGGGAGGAUAGGGAUAGUAGCAACAACGAGGAGGAGGAGUUGGAGAGUUCAUUGAAGGAAGAACCCGACACCAUGAUGUCGACCUUCAAGAGAGAACAGGAACGGUCCUCGGCUCCCGAUGAAAUGGAGGCGGAUAAUGAUGCGCUGAUGCAGGAAUUCCAGAACGUUUCCACUCCGCAGGCCUUGCGAAGGCUUUCCGAGAGUAUUUCAUUGGCCAGUGCCGCGGCUGAGGAGCAAGUGCCUCCAGUUGCCUCCACUGGAUUAAAAUUUGGGGCCGGAAUAAGCCUUAAUCCGAAUUUAAUCCAAGGAAGUGCCAUGGCGGCUGCGGCAGCCAGCAGUUGUCAUUGUGCAAAGAGGGUGGAUGAACAGGUCAACUUCCUGGAAAACCUUGAACGCGAAGAGCAACAGCUGAUGCAGUCCACCAGUCAGGAUUUGGCCAGAUGCAAGAGUGUCCUCCAUGUGGGCGACUCCGAUUACAAUUAUCUGAUCAGCUUUCUGCCCCUGAUGAAGCAAAUGACUCCCAUUCAGAAUGUAUUCUUUAGGGCCAAAAUGGGCGAACUACUGCUUCAGACAAUGCAACAGCCGCCGAUGCAGCAUCAACCGCAGCAACUGGUGUUGCAGCAGCAACAGCAACAGCAGCAGCAACAACAACAACAACAACAGCAGCCCUCACAAAUGUUGUUGAACCAACAACAAAUGGCCUUGGAUCAGGCCCAAGUGAGCACCAGCUCCACAAAUUGGAACUAAAUCGAGGACUGGAACUGAACAGAUAAGAUAUAUACCCUAUAAUACAAAGGAACUGAGAAUAAGAGAGACAGCUCCAUAGUGCGCAUGUCCAGUGCACCGUGGACGCCCUGAGAUUAUUUUGGACUCUUAACAUUGCAUAUGAAUAAAUAUAAUACGAUUUUAUAAAUGUA